AUGGCAGUCGAAGUCUCGCAUGGCCGCGGCGGCGCGGGCAACAUCAACCCAGACGACACGCCGUACGUCGACGGCGAGGUGGUGCGUGAAGGCGUCAUUGGCAGCCACGGCGACGGAGCCUACAGCGCCGGUCGCGGCGGCGCCGGCAACAUUGGCGACAAGGGCCAGCCGGCCACGGAGCGCAAGGAUCGUGACAUCAUCCCCGAGGCCGCCGUCCGCCACAGCACCGACACCGGUGGCGACUACCACACGGGGCGCGGCGGCGCGGGCAACGAGCACACGGCGGGCGCGCAUAAGGACGACCAUAAGGAGGCGACCGCCGGCAAGCCCGAGGGGGCCCCGGCAGAGGCGCCGGUCAGUUUGGCGGACAAGCUGAAGCAGAAGCUCUUUGGCGCGUUCAAGUGA